AUGGAUCCUCUCGCGAGAAAAGCCGUUAACUUGAAUGUUUUGCGCCGACACGACGAGAACAUUGUCGAGAUUAUUGAUAGCUCAAGUUAUGUCGUUGUAUAUAAGUUUGAUCAUGAGCAAUCUGCAUGGACAAAGAAGGGUGUUGAAGGCACAAUGUUUGUUUUUAGAAGAUGCGUACAGCCUGCAUAUGGUUUUAUUGUUAUGAAUCGGUUAGGCAUCGAUAAUUUUAUGGCUCCUUUAACAGAUAGCAUGGAGCUUGAAUUUAAAGACGAAUAUAUUAUAUAUCGUACAGACGAUGAUAAUAUUCAUGGUAUUUGGGUAUAUGAAGCAAAAGAUAGGGAGCGAAUAAGAAAGCAAUUGUGGGAAUGUCGUGAAUUAUCAAAGACUGCCAGUAUGUCACUGCAGCUAGAACAAUCUUCAAAAAUAUCAUUCACCCAAACAACGAAUUCAAACUCUUAUGGAAAACCAAUUGAUAUUGUGGAUCUUCUAAAACGGGCUGAAAUAAAACAAAUCAAUGGAAUGACGUCAUCCAAACGUAAUGUACAAUCAGAUGAUCAUUCUCAUAAAAAUGUAAUUGGCGAGUUGUUUCAGAAUACCAAUCGCACUGAAUCUUCAAUACAUACAUCAAUACCCUCUGUUACGCCUGUACCACCAAAUCAAUCCCUUGAUGGAAAAUUACUUUUGGAUUUACUUCGUCAGCCAGCAAAUAAUUCAUCAACAGGAAUAGCUUCAAAUCCUUAUAUCUCAUCAACACCCUUACCACAGCCAAUAUCAUUAACAGGGGAUGCUACUUCUCAUGAUCAUUACAUGAUGAACACAGGUCCGUCAUUUGCCAAGACAUCGAUGCCUACGUUGCUAACAAAUACAUCAAAUCAUGUGCCUACUACAUCGACGACCCUGUUUGGAGAAAACAAUCAAGGUUUACAACGUUCACAGGUUCUCGAUGCUUCCAUUGCUUCUCUUUCUGGAUUUCUGGAUAGAAAUGAUCAACGUGGAAAUCGUAUGCAAAAGAUAAUGAGCAAGCCUGAAUUUACUCAAAGAUAUUUAUAUUUAAUUCAG